AUGGAUUCAAUACUUCUUCGAUCUCUGCCCAAUGCUUCUUCUCUUACCACUGGUGGAGAUUUCUGCAGGACUCGACAUUGCGCUGCCAUCUUUGCAAGUUCUUAUGUGCCAAAUGCUUCACGUAACAAAAGGAAAAUCCAAAAAGAAUUUAAUUGUUUGAGGAUACGGUGGCCAAGUUUGAACCAUCCUUAUAAAGGCAGUGAGGGAGGGUAUACGUUUCAAAAAUAUAAUGUAAAAUUGGUUGUGAAAGCUACCUCUGAACAAUCUUUUGAGUCUGAAUCUGAAGUCUUUGAUUCAAAAAGCAUUUUGGACUCUGUCAAAAAUUCCUUGGAUGCUUUCUACAGGUUUUCCAGGCCCCACACAGUUAUUGGCACAGCAUUAAGCAUAAUUUCUGUGUCUCUCCUUGCUGUUGAGAAAAUAUCAGACAUAUCUCCAUUAUUUUUUACUGGUGUGUUGGAGGCUGUGGUUGCUGCCUUGUUCAUGAAUAUUUAUAUAGUUGGUUUAAAUCAAAUAUCUGAUGUUGAAAUAGACAAGAUAAACAAGCCUUAUCUUCCGUUGGCAUCUGGGGAAUAUUCCUUUGGAACUGGUGUUGCUAUUGUUGCAUCCUUUUCAAUUCUGAGUUUCUGGCUUGGCUGGAUAGUAGGUUCAUGGCCAUUAUUUUGGGCUCUUUUCGUAAGUUUUGUGCUGGGGACUGCUUAUUCAAUCAAUGUUCCUCUAUUGAGAUGGAAGAGAUUUGCAGUGCUCGCAGCUAUGUGCAUUCUUGCUGUUCGGGCUGUUAUAGUGCAACUUGCAUUUUUCCUUCACAUGCAGACUCAUGUGUUCAAGAGGUCACCUGUCUUUUCCAGACCACUGAUUUUUGCUACUGCAUUCAUGAGUUUCUUCUCUGUAGUUAUAGCACUGUUUAAGGAUAUACCUGACAUUGAAGGGGAUAAAAUAUUUGGCAUCCAAUCUUUUUCAGUACGAUUGGGGCAGACGCCGGUGUUCUGGACUUGUGUAUCCCUCCUUGAAAUAGCGUAUGGAGUCGCCCUUCUGGUGGGAGUUUCGUCACCCUGUCUUUGGAGCAAAAUUGUCACGGGUCUUGGACACACUGCUUUGGCUUCAAUUCUCUGGUAUCAAGCCAAAUCUGUAAAUUUGAAAAGCAAAGCUUCGAUAACAUCCUUCUAUAUGUUUAUUUGGAAGCUAUUUUACGCAGAAUACUUGCUCAUUCCUUUUGUUAGAUGA